GGCCCGAGCGCCGGGAAGCGCAGCCAUGGCCCUGCGGAGGCUGGGGGCCGCGCUGCUGCUGCUGCCGCUGCUCGCCGCGGUGGAAGAAACGCUGAUGGACUCCACUACGGCAACGGCUGAGCUGGGCUGGAUGGUGCAUCCCCCGUCAGGGUGGGAAGAGGUGAGCGGCUACGACGAGAACAUGAACACCAUCCGCACGUAUCAGGUGUGCAACGUCUUUGAGUCGAGCCAGAACAACUGGCUACGGACCAAGUUUAUCCGGCGCCGUGGCGCGCACCGCAUCCACGUGGAGAUGAAGUUCUCCGUUCGAGACUGCAGCAGCAUCCCCAGUGUGCCGGGCUCCUGCAAGGAGACCUUCAACCUCUACUACUACGAGGCUGACUUUGACUCAGCCACCAAGACCUUCCCCAGCUGGAUGGAGAACCCGUGGGUGAAGGUGGACACCAUUGCGGCCGACGAGAGCUUCUCCCAGGUGGACCUCGGGGGCCGGGUCAUGAAAAUCAACACCGAGGUGCGGAGCUUCGGGCCUGUGUCCCGCAGUGGCUUCUACCUGGCCUUCCAGGACUACGGGGGAUGCAUGUCCCUCAUCGCUGUGCGUGUCUUCUACCGCAAGUGUCCCCGCGUCAUCCAGAAUGGCGCCGUCUUCCAGGAGACGCUGUCCGGGGCCGAGAGCACAUCGCUGGUGGCAGCCCGGGGCAGCUGCAUCGCCAAUGCGGAAGAGGUGGACGUGCCCAUCAAGCUCUAUUGUAACGGGGACGGCGAGUGGCUGGUGCCCAUCGGGCGCUGCAUGUGUAAAGCGGGCUUCGAGGCUGUGGAGAAUGGCACCAUCUGCCGAGGCUGUCCAUCUGGAACCUUCAAGGCCAACCAAGGGGACGAGGCUUGCACCCACUGCCCCAUCAACAGCCGGACCACCUCCGAAGGGGCCACCAACUGUGUCUGCCGCAACGGCUACUACAGGGCUGACCUGGACCCCCUUGACAUGCCCUGCACAACCAUCCCCUCGGCGCCCCAGGCGGUGAUCUCGAGCGUCAACGAGACGUCCCUCAUGCUGGAGUGGACGCCGCCCCGGGACUCGGGGGGCCGCGAGGACCUGGUCUACAACAUCAUCUGCAAGAGCUGCGGCUCGGGCCGGGGCGCCUGCACGCGCUGCGGGGACAACGUGCAGUACGCGCCCCGCCAGCUGGGCCUGACGGAGCCCCGCAUCUACAUCAGCGACCUGCUGGCCCACACCCAGUACACCUUCGAGAUCCAGGCCGUGAACGGCGUCACCGACCAGAGCCCCUUCUCGCCCCAGUUCGCCUCCGUCAACAUCACCACCAACCAAGCAGCCCCGUCGGCCGUGUCCAUCAUGCACCAGGUGAGCCGCACCGUGGACAGCAUCACCCUGUCGUGGUCCCAGCCGGACCAGCCCAACGGCGUGAUUCUGGACUAUGAGCUGCAGUACUACGAGAAGGAGCUCAGUGAGUUCAACGCCACAGCCAUAAAAAGCCCCACCAACACGGUGACCGUGCAGGGCCUCAAAGCUGGCGCCAUCUAUGUCUUCCAGGUGCGGGCACGCACCGUGGCAGGCUACGGGCGCUACAGCGGCAAGAUGUACUUCCAGACAAUGACAGAAGCCGAGUACCAGACCAGCAUCCAGGAGAAGCUGCCUCUCAUCAUCGGCUCCUCGGCCGCUGGCCUGGUCUUCCUCAUCGCCGUGGUUGUCAUCGCCAUUGUGUGCAACAGAAGACGGGGCUUUGAGCGUGCCGACUCGGAGUACACAGACAAGCUGCAGCACUACACCAGCGGUCACAUGACCCCAGGCAUGAAGAUCUACAUCGACCCUUUUACCUACGAAGACCCCAAUGAGGCUGUGCGGGAAUUUGCCAAGGAGAUCGACAUCUCUUGUGUCAAAAUCGAGCAGGUGAUCGGAGCAGGGGAGUUCGGCGAGGUCUGCAGUGGUCACCUGAAGCUCCCAGGCAAGAGAGAGAUCUUCGUGGCCAUCAAGACGCUCAAGUCAGGCUACACGGAGAAACAGCGCCGAGACUUCCUGAGCGAGGCAUCCAUCAUGGGUCAGUUUGACCACCCCAACGUCAUCCACCUGGAAGGCGUGGUCACCAAGAGCACGCCUGUAAUGAUCAUCACCGAGUUCAUGGAGAAUGGCUCGCUGGACUCCUUCCUCCGGCAAAAUGAUGGGCAGUUCACGGUCAUCCAGCUGGUGGGCAUGCUGCGGGGUAUCGCAGCAGGCAUGAAGUACCUGGCCGACAUGAACUACGUGCACCGCGACCUGGCCGCGCGCAACAUCCUAGUCAACAGCAACCUGGUGUGCAAGGUGUCCGACUUCGGGCUCUCGCGCUUCCUGGAGGACGACACCUCUGACCCCACCUACACCAGCGCCCUGGGUGGGAAGAUCCCCAUUCGUUGGACAGCUCCGGAAGCCAUCCAGUACCGGAAGUUCACCUCAGCCAGUGAUGUGUGGAGCUAUGGUAUCGUCAUGUGGGAGGUGAUGUCCUAUGGAGAACGGCCCUACUGGGACAUGACCAACCAGGAUGUGAUCAAUGCCAUCGAGCAGGACUACAGGCUACCUCCGCCCAUGGACUGUCCCAGCGCCCUACACCAGCUCAUGCUGGACUGCUGGCAGAAGGACCGUAACCACCGGCCCAAGUUUGGCCAGAUUGUCAACACGCUAGACAAGAUGAUCCGAAACCCCAACAGCCUCAAAGCCAUGGCUCCGCUCUCCUCUGGCAUCAACCUGCCACUGCUGGACCGCACGAUCCCGGACUAUACCAGCUUUAACACGGUGGAUGAGUGGCUUGAGGCCAUCAAGAUGGGGCAGUACAAGGAGAACUUUGCCAACGCCGGUUUCACCUCCUUUGACGUGGUGUCUCAGAUGCUGAUGGAGGACAUUCUCCGGGUUGGGGUCACCCUGGCUGGCCACCAGAAAAAAAUCCUGAACAGUAUCCAGGUGAUGCGGGCACAGAUGAACCAGAUCCAGUCUGUAGAGGUUUGACGUUCGCCUGCCUCGGCUCACCUCUUCCUCUGGGCCGCCCCCUCUGACCCCACCCCCUCGUGCUGGCCGGGCCCCCCACCCCGGCGCUCCGUCCACUGCAGGCUCCGCCGCCUGCCGGAAGGCCACGGGCAGCAGGAAGAACCAAGCAGGACUCCAGCCACGAGACAUCAUCAAGAACACGUGCAACUCAAUGAUGGAAUCAAAAGGGAACGGGGAAAGGAACGAGACCGGGGAGGGGGGCGGGAAACCCGAGGAAUAUUUUUAAAGAGGAUUCUCAUAAGGAAGGCGAUGACGGUUCUUCAGGGGGGAAAAAAAAAAAACAAGGGCUGAGGAGAUCCCUGCGAUUUGUCCACUGGGAGACCAAAAGCUGUUUCCCUCCAAGUCCCUCUGGGAAGGGGGCCUUGCCAGAGCCAAGAACCACUUCUAGGAAAACAAAUGUGAAGAGAAGAGAGGGGCUGUCCUGUCCUGUCCUGAUGCUCCAACCGGAGCCGCUGCACCCGGCAGCAGGGGCAGGCGGACAGGCAAGCCGCCCCGGAACCACUCUGGGAAAAUCCAUUCCAGCUGCCACUGGGAAAAUGCAGAUCUUCUGUCUUUGGAGAAUAUUUUAGAAGCUCCAAUAAGAGAUCAUUUCCGCUGUCCGUUCAUGGGGCUGAAAAAGGAGCUCUUGCCCUCCCAGGUCAGGGAGCGCCCGGCACACCGGACAGACAGGCCAGCUUUCCUGAAGGUGUCCGCCCAGGGCUACAGCCAGCUCCCCAGAACCCUGCCCCACCCAGGGCACCUGCUUCCCGCCCCCCCGGCCCACCUCAAGAUGUUACAGUGAGGGUCACCAGCUUCGACUGCCGCUGAGGACGGUUGAUCUUGCAUCUGGGUUUGUUUACAGCGAUUUGUGGACUUGGGGGGAGGGGAGCGUAUUUUGGUGAGGGGUGGUUUUG